AAGAGCAGUAAUAUCUAAUUGGGGGACUUAUCGACUCCUUAGCGUGUUUUCUCUUCACAAAUUCUAUAUUCAAAAGUUUUUAUUUGUUUUGGACUGUGGUAUCUGUGGCAGAGAAGUCACUGUUUUUUUUUAUUUAGGUAUCAGUGAACGUGUUGUGUGUUGGUAAAGAUGGAGUCAAAACGGCGGUGUCAAUGCUGCUCGCCUUCGAUAUGCUGCGGGAUGCCAAUUGAAAAAGGAUGCUUUAUAUUUUCGAUCAUCAAUGCGAUCAUAUGCAGUUUGGGCUCCCUCGCCAGCCUUGGCUUCCUGAUCCUGAUCUUAUACCUGUGGUGCAACCCCGAAGCUCUUAGCGACGUGGUAGUAGACUGGACGUAUAUAGGCGUCAGUGUGGGGAGUUGUAUUGGCUCUGGCAUAGCGCUUUUCUUUGCGAUAUUACUCUGCUAUGGAUUACGUAAGAACAAGAAGCGCUACAUAAUGACGUACCUGAUAUACGGGAUGGUCUCAGUUACCCUGGGCGCCAUAGGCACCGUGGUUUUCAUCUGGCUCGAGUGGGGUCAGCUGUACGUUGUGUUGUACGCAAUGAUUCCUCUUGGAGUCUGUGUGAUAUAUUCGGCGAUGCUACUGCUCGUGUACCAGACAUACGUGGUGCUCUCGGAACGAACCCCCGUCACGGGCACGGGACACACGAGACUACUCAACACGGAGGAGUUUUGAGAAGUCAAACCAUUUUGAACCAUUAUGAAGUAAAUAGAUAAUAAGAAGGUAAUAAAAGAGAAGUGAUUUGGCAAGAUACUACAAGUAUCUUAUGACAACAGCACGAAGAGGAGAAAAUAAAAAUAUAGAAAGUUAAAACUAGUGGAAAUAUUUCUUUGAACUAAAUAGGUACAUAUGGUCUUGGAUAGGCAACAAUUAUUCCU